AUGUUCCUGUGGUCAAGAAAAGCGCAGCCCGAACCGGAAAAGGAGGACGGCGAGAUGGCUACACCAGAGGAGCAGGCCGUGGCCUUGAAGAACCAGGGAAACAAGGCCUUUGCCGCCCAUGACUGGCCAACCGCCAUUGACUUUUACUCCCAGGCCAUCGAGCUGAACGACAAGGAGCCAACAUUCUGGUCAAACAGAGCUCAGGCAUACAUGAAGACAGAAGCCUACGGCUAUGCGAUCAGGGACGCGACGAAAGCCAUCGAGCUGAACCCAGGGAUGAUCAAGGCCUACUACCGCCGAGCCACCGCCUACGUAGCCAUCCUCAAGCCCAAGGAGGCCGUCAAGGACUUUCAGACCUGUGUCAAGAUCGACCCUGGUAAUAAGGAUGCCAAGCUCAAGCUUGUCGAGUGCCAAAAGGCCGUCAGGCAACUUGCCUUCUUCGAGGCGAUCGAGGUUGGGGAUGAGCCAUCGGUUGCUGACGGACUCGAUGUCGACUCGAUGCAUGUGGAAGACUCGUAUGAUGGUGUGAGGUUAGGGAGUGAAAUGACACAAGAGUUUAUCGAUGACAUGACGGAGAGGUUCAAGAACGGCAAGACCAUACACAAGAAAUAUGUGUACCAAAUUGUCAUUGCGGUCAAGAAGCUGGUGUAUGACGAGCCUACGAUGGUGGAGGUGGAGAUUCCUGAGGAUGUCGAGCUCACAGUUUGCGGUGAUACACACGGUCAAUACUUUGAUCUUAUGGAACUCUUCCGGAUAAACGGCACUCCCAGCGACAAGCACUGGUAUCUCUUCAACGGCGACUUUGUCGACAGAGGCUCGUGGUCCACCGAAAUCGCCCUUCUUCUCUACGCCAACAAGUGGCUCCGCCCCAAGAACUUCUUCAUCAACCGUGGCAACCACGAAACAGACGACAUGAACAGAGUGUACGGCUUCGAGGGCGAGUGCAAGGCCAAGUACAACGAGAGGAUCUUCAAGCUGUUCUCUGAGAGCUUCUCUGCCCUGCCCCUGGCAACACUUGUUGGCAAGAAAUACUUUGUUCUGCACGGCGGUUUGUUCUCAGACGACAACGUAACGCUGGAUGAUAUCAGGAAGCUCGACAGGCAUAAGCAGAGGCAGCCCGGCCAGGCCGGUUUGAUGAUGGAGAUGUUGUGGACAGAUCCUCAGUCGGAGCCCGGUCGUGGACCAAGCAAGCGUGGUGUGGGUAUGCAGUUCGGUCCGGACGUUACCAGGAGGUUCUGUGAGAAGAACGGGUUGGAGGCGGUUAUUAGAUCGCACGAGGUCAGGAUGGCGGGUUAUGAGGAGGAGCAUGAUGGAAAGUGCAUCACUGUCUUCUCCGCGCCCAAGUACUGCGACAUGACGGAGAACAAGGGCGCCUUCAUCAAUAUCGGCCCUGAUCUCAAGCUUAGAUUCACACAGUUUGAUGCCGUGCCUCAUCCAAAUAUCCGGCCGAUGGCCUACGCCAACUCGAGCAUGAUGUCCUCGCUCAUGUAAGCGACAGGUUGCAGUCGAGAAUAAAUGCAUGUACGAAGAAGACAAGACUGGCUCCGCUCACGCAAGGGAAAUUGGGGAGCAUCAUUAGCAUGGC